AAUAUUUUUACUAUGUUACCUCUACUUUGUCUGUAUAAAAUACAGUGUAACACACAAUGUGUUGAACUACAGUGUUUUUGCAUACUUGUGGUAUAUUAGUGUAACUAAGGGCAGAUAACUCUAAAAAUGUUUACACAUGGAGAUCCAGGAUGAUGUCCAAACUAACAGCUGUAGAUAAAAGCAUGGUGUCUGGGAGACUGAGUGGUCUGUUGACCUACUCCAACUUCGUACAUGCUGUGUCAGGAGCCACGGGCAGUGUGAUUGCCAUGGCGGUUUUUUACCCCCUGGAAACUGUCAGAACAAGAUUACAAGUUCAUGUAGGUCGGCAAGCCAAACAUGCACCAGUGGAAGCCCUGGACAUAAUGAAAGAAGAGGGCAUAUCCUCCCUAUACCAGGGCCUCUUUCCUGUGCUGGUCACGCUCUGCUGCUCAAACUUUGUGUACUUCUACACAUACAACGGACUGAAAACCACCUUACUGGAGGAGGGGAGCAAGCCAGGCCCUGUCAAAGACCUUCUGAUGGCCUUCGUGUCCGGUGUCAUAAAUGUUGUGAUCACAAAUCCUCUCUGGGUUGUCAACACAAGGAUAAAAAUCCAGGGACUGAAAUGUGGCACUGAGAAACAGAAAACAGCACCUACCCCUCUUUACAGGGGGAUCAUUGAUGGUUUAUGUAAGAUAGCGUCACAAGAGGGUCUGUCAGCCCUCUGGAAUGGAACGGCAGCAUCCAUAAUCCUAGCCUCCAAUCCAUCCAUACAGUUCAUGGUGUAUGAAACAAUCAAACGAUACUUUCAGCAGUUUUUCAAAUCAAAAGAACUUAGUGGCUUUUUAUACUUUAUCAUUGGUGCAAUAUCAAAGAUGGUGGCUACUGUUGCAACAUACCCUUUACAAAUUUUGCAGUCUCGUUUUAGGGCUGGAAGUAAAAAGUCAGAUCAUUCCAAGAAGAUCACACAAAGUUUGCUGAAUAUUAUCAGAUCGGAGGGCUUCCUGGGACUAUACAGAGGUAUGGAGGCCAAACUAGUGCAAACAGUACUGACGGCCGCCCUCAUGUUCCUUUGUUAUGAAAAGAUUGCAGCAUUCAUCUUCAGAAUUAUGGGGAUAAAAACAUGACAAUAUCAAGAGAAUCAUGCUUCCUGACUUUAAACAUUUUAGGUUGAAAGUGAUUCUUUUCUGUUAUGUUGCCAUACCUUUAACAAACGCCAUUUAUAUAUACACUUAUAUUUUUUACAUUAUGUGUUAAAUUUUGUUACAGCUUGUAUUGCUUUAAAAACUCCUGAUUUUAUUAUAUUAAAAUUGAUUUUAAUUUUU